UGGCCCGUUUCGUGCCGAGCGAGUUCGCGAAUGCGCCUGUGACGAUGCGCCGAGCGGGGGCGGGAGAAGGGCUGGCGGAGCUCGCGUAUGCGCGGGAACCGAAGAGCGCGAUAAUGGAGUAUCUGAUCCGGCGAUGCGACGAGAGCGGCGGCGCCAUGAGCUGGAGCGCGGUGGCCACAGGGAACUUCUUCGACUAUGCGCUCAGGAAGUUUCCCAACGGCAUGGGCUUCAACGUCAAGGAGAGGACCGCGGUGCUGAUCGACUCCGGCGCGGAACCGUUCACCGGCACGACGCUGGCUGGAAUCGCGGACUCCGUCCUCGGCAUCCUGCUCCACCCGCAGGAGACCUGCAAUAAGUACUUGAGGGUAAGGUCGGUCGAGACUACGCAGGCGGAAAUCUUGAGGGCGUUUGAGGAUGUGACGGGGGUGAAAUGGAAGGUCGAGCACCAAAACGGGCAGGAGCUGCUGGAUAGGGCGAGAGGAAAGCUGGAAAGGGGAGAGGGGGCCACAUUGGAUUUGGUCAGGGUGCAGUUGUUUAUGGAGGGUGCGGGGAGGAGUGUGUUGGUGAGGAGAGGGGAGGGUGACAACGAGUUGCUCGGGGUGAAGGAAGAGGAUGUGACGGAGGUGGUGAGGGCGGUGGUGGCGGAUGUUGAGUUGCUCAGGGUGAAGGAAGAGGAUGUGAUGGAGGCGAUGAGGGCGGUGGUGGCGGAUGCUGAGGCUGCCCAGGCCGAUUAGGCGACUUGGAAGCAUGAGAGACGUUCCGGUGCUAUUGCUUGUGCUCGGUAAACGAAUGGAGCGUGGGAGGAAGGUUCUGCAAGUCUUGUGUACGUAAUUCAUCGCAAAAGAUCACCCACCCGCUGCUUAUAGUCCGCACGAGGUGUAUAUGUAGAUCUACAGAUGGAGA